AUGGGCGACAAAGGGGAUAACACAAACAAACCUGCACCUGUUGUUCUUCAUCCAGUUUACACCGUGAACAAUAUUCAACAUAAAGUCCGUGUGUUGGAUGGCACCAAGGUUACUUGCUCAUCAUGGGUAAAGUUAUUUCACUUGAAUGCUCGUGGCUACAAGGUUCUCGACCAUAUCGAUGGAACCAAGCCACCGGCAAAAGAAGAUCCAAACUACGAGUCAUGGGCGGAGAUAGAUGCAAUCGUGUUACAGUGGAUCUACGGAUCCUUGUCGGAUGAGAUCCUUGUUCGAAUUAUUGAGCCCGAAUCCACGGCGCUGGAAGCCUGGACUCGACUCAAAAAAAAAUUUUGA